AUGACAGUAGCAUCUAACUUUUGUAACUUCUUUGGAAGAACCGCCAACAGAUUUGAAGUUUUCAGCAGCUAUUCGCCGCAUGCCCUAAACUUAAAGUAUCUCAUAGAAUUUGGUAUCUAUAUACAUUUCUAUAAUGUUAAAUUACGUUUUCCCAUUAACUCUCAAAAUUUAGGUCAUCAUGCUCCCCCAAGGAAAUCAUUUGAAUUUCUUAAAUUUGAGUUACCAACAAGACUUGCUAAUAUCAUGCAAGAAAUUAAGCUGCUACCACAAUCUCUACUGAACACAACGUCAGUGCAUGAAGUUUUAUCAAAAUAUGAGCGGAGUUUCGAGGAUCUGAUUAUGUACGAAGACGGCGACUCUUCAAAAGAAUCUGUUAUUUCAUCUUUUUCUGAGACCAUUCGUACUAUAUUGCACAGGCAUUCAAAUGUCGUUGAAUCCAUGGCAAAGGGAAUAUUGGAACUGAAGUCUGUAUAUGGAAUAUCACCAGCGGAUGAAAACCAAUUACAAUAUUUUCUUGAUAGAUUUUAUGUAAAUCGAAUUGGGAGUCGUGUACUCAUUAAUCAACACCUUUAUCCUCUCGCUAUCCCUUAA